UUGCCCCCCCCAAAAAAACAUACUUUCUCUUUUCACUUUGAAUUUGCUUUCUCGCAUCUCUCACUUUCAUUCUUAUCUUGAAUUUAUCUUCAAUGGAGACUCCAUCAUCAACGAAAAGAGUCACAAGGUCGCAGACUCUGGCUGCUCUUAACAACAACAACAAUAAUUCCAUUUCAAGGAAGAUUGAAGAUUCUGAGAAAGGUGUUUCAAAAGCAACAAGAAGAAGUGGAAAACAACAACAAGAUCGCUCUGCACUUAUUGAUAUAACUAACGAUUCCCCAAUUGUUGGACUUGCUAUGGGUAGCUUAGGGACCCCAUCAUCAGCCAUAGCCAAGCAAAGAAGCAAUAGAGUAAAGAACAACAAUACACCCGGUUCUGGUGAGGCAUUGCUUAGGGGUCAAGUGAAGAGCCUCUUGCAGAAGGUUGAAGAAGAGGCAGAGCUUUCAAAGAUCUCACUAGAGAACCGUCCCUUUCUCCAUAUUCAAGGAUUUGUUAGUUCUCCAAUGGGACUUCUUGCUCCGACUCCUGCUAAUACCCCACAAGUCCCUAAUCUCUCUGAAGCUGAUGGAAGCAUUGACAGCCCUAAUCCUUUGCCAGUAGUUGAAGAACAAUUGCAUAUUUGUCAGGUGGCGAGUGAUAUCUUUCAUGGUAAGGACUGCCUUGAAUCCCAAAAGAGUCUAACGAGGUCUUUAAUGCUGGACUUUUCUGAGAAAUCUGAAAUCACUGAUGCAUCAUCAGAAUGCCUCUCUGUGGUGACCACUUGCAAAGUAGACGAGUCAUUGACAAAAGAUGAUGGCAGUGCUUCUAACUGGUCCAAUCAGGUUAAUGCAAGCACCCAUGAGGAAGAAGAAGAAGAAGAAGAAGAUUAUUAUGAUCCUUAUGAUUAUGAAGAUGGUGAUGGAGGGUUGGUUGAUGCACUGUGUGAAGGUAUUGGCAAGAUAAAUUUUAGUGAGAGUAAUACAGCGGCUGCUAAGUUCACAGGGAAGCAUACAAGAUUUAGGUACAGUAGUGAUGAUGAGAUUGUUGAAGAAGAAAAAGUAGUAGCAGCGGCUGCUAUUUCAACACCAAGUGUUUUGCGCUUGAAGGGUUUGCCAACUCCCAAAGGGAGGCAUCUGCGCUUUCCUAAGGAAGAAGAAGAAAACUGAAGAAAUGAGCUUGAAGUGAGUUGGGUCGUUGUGUCUAACUCGACACAUUCUUUUGGGAUUGCUCCUUGAAUUGGUUUCUUGAUAGGUUUUUUUUCUUUGACACUCAAAGACUUAGAAACGAAAUAUUUAAGCGUGAGAUUUUAUUGAAAGAUCACAAAUUGAAGUGGUUGUGGAACAAUUCUCUGUACUUGUUUUUAUUUGAUUAUCAAAGAUUAGUUCUGAUA